AUGGCCGAGCAGCUCAUCCUCAAGGGCACCCUCGAGGGCCACAAUGGCUGGGUUACCUCCCUGGCUACCUCCAUGGAGAACCCCAACAUGCUUCUGUCCGGUUCCCGCGACAAGACCCUGAUCAUCUGGAACCUCACCCGCGAUGAGUCUCAGUACGGUUACCCGAAGCGAUCUCUCCACGGCCACUCCCACAUUGUGUCCGACUGCGUUAUCUCUUCUGAUGGUGCUUACGCCCUGUCUGCCUCUUGGGACAAGACCCUUCGCCUGUGGGAGCUUGCCACUGGCACCACCACCCGCCGAUUCGUCGGCCACACCAACGACGUCCUCUCCGUCUCCUUCUCCGCCGACAACAGACAGAUUGUCUCCGGAUCCCGCGACCGAUCCAUCAAGCUGUGGAACACCCUCGGCGACUGCAAGUUCACCAUCACCGACAAGGGCCACACUGAGUGGGUGUCCUGCGUCCGCUUCUCCCCCAACCCCCAGAACCCCGUUAUCGUCUCUGCUGGCUGGGACAAGCUGGUCAAGGUUUGGGAGCUCUCCACCUGCAAGCUGCAGACCGACCACAUUGGCCACACCGGCUACAUCAACACCGUCACCAUCUCUCCCGAUGGCUCUCUGUGCGCUUCCGGUGGCAAGGACGGUACCACUAUGCUGUGGGAUCUCAACGAGUCCAAGCACCUGUACUCCCUGAACGCCAACGACGAGAUCCACGCCCUUGUCUUCUCCCCCAACCGGUACUGGCUGUGCGCUGCUACUGCUUCCAGCAUCAUCAUCUUCGAUCUUGAGAAGAAGAGCAAGGUCGACGAGCUCAAGCCCGAGUUCCCGGCUGUUGGCAAGAAGAGCCGCGACCCCGAGUGCGUGUCGCUGGCGUGGAGCGCGGAUGGUCAGACCCUGUUCGCUGGCUACACCGACAACAUCAUCCGAGCGUGGGGCGUCAUGUCAAGAGCAUAA